AUGGUUCAGCGGUUAAAUGUUGAGCACGAGGCAAAGCUAGAAGACGUCUUCAAGGCACAGUCAGACGCCCUGGAGCAGCUGCAGCAGAAGCUGGGGAAGUCUCAUCAGGAACGAGUGGAUGAAAUGCGGCAGAAGCACUCGCGAGAAGUUGAAAGUAUGAAGACGACACAUGCUGCCGAAGUCCGUGAAGCUGCCGCUGCUCACAAUGCCGCCAUGCAGGAGGUCCGUGCUGAGAUGGCAAGAGCUGCGCAGGAAGCUGAAGCCUCCGCUAAGGCAGCAGCAGCCAGGCAUUCUGAAGCAAUGCAGGGAAUCAGUGAAGAGCUGGCUAAAGAGCGGGAACAGCUUGCAGCCAGCCAUGCCCAGGCUGCAAAGCUAAACGAAGACUUGCAGACCUCACGUGCAGCAAUGAGCAAGCUGCAGGAUGAGUUCAGGGCUACCGUCGUCAAACACGAAGAAGCGAUGAAGCACCAGCAGCAGGAGUUCGAUCGCGAAAAGCGCCACCUGAAAGAGCAACACAAGAGAGGAGUCGAGCAGCUCCUUGAAACCCACCUGAAGGAGACUGCCGAGCUGAAGCAGCAGUUUGACAGGGCCAGGCAGUUGCAGGAAAUGCAGAUUGAUAUGCUGCAAAAGAGGAUUCUGGAGCUACAAGAAUUGUAUGAGUCAAGACCCUCGCGUGAAGAGGACUUGCAGCUCAUUGCCCAUUUGGAAAAGGAUUUGGAUGAGAGGUCUGCGCAAGUCAAGAAGCUUCUGGACGAUAUGCAGUUCUACAAGCUCGAGCUGGUGAAUCGCGAGCAGAACUACAACAAGGUUUUUGGUGCGGCGCCGACAGUGGGUAUUAUGAACCCAAUAGCUGCAAAAAAGCCUGCAAACGGUGGACAGCCGCAAAUGCGGGUUGUCCAGCAGCCUGGGUCAGGAGCAGCUAUGAACAUGGGCUUGCCCCCGUUGGGGAUGACACCUGCGCCAACUCGAAGCAGCAGCAACAAGCCUUCCGGCAUCCAGAAGAGACCUUCGAGCGGCAGCAUGCGUCGAGCGGGGUCCAUGGAGUGA